AUGACCGGAACUUCUCCCUUCACGUUUCAGUCUCCUUCAUACCAUUCUUCGUCUUACCUCCCAAAACUGGAAGCAAACUUCAUGCGAGAUUUCUCAUGCUGUGGUGUCACACUACCGUCUCUUCACGACUUGUUGCAGCAUUAUGAGGAAGCCCAUGCUCAGAAAACUCCGCAACCACCGCAACGCUCUGGACAGGGAGGACAAAUGUCCAUGACAGAUAACCGAUCCGGCGUGCCUGGAAGCGUUCGAAAUCAAACACCCCAAAAUCAGCAAUCAGCUACUAGUACUAAUCAAAAUCGAGGCAUUUCGUCGCCAAGGCCGAAUCAGAGUCAGCAACCGUCGAACCACUUGGCGUCCCCGUCUCCACAACAUCCUCAGACGCAGCAUGGCGGCUUCAUAUCUUCUCCAAACGGCCUUCCCGAUCUUGAUACAGUCGACGAUAUGGAUAUGGAUAUGGAAAUGGAGGACCCCUUGGCAGAUAGCGCUUUUCAAGACUCCCAACUACGAACCACUAUACAAGGUAGAUUUGGACAGCAGAAUCAAGGACGCCUAACGCCACUCAACAUUGGUAUGCUUCAAGGGCACCAGGGGCUCCGGAGUUCACAGCCAGGCACGCCCGUCACACCUGGGCGUCCUCUCCAAAAUAAUCCAACCGUAUCCUCAGUCAAUACCCCGACCCUCGUCACCCACCAGCUACAACAGCAACAGCAAAAUUCUGAAUACCGCGAAACUCCGGAUUCCUCUACUCCAAGAACCCCCGCUGAAUUCGAAGAGUCGAUUAUCGGAGAGUUUGGAGACAUAUCAAUGCAAGGCCAAGCUCAAUUUUCCGGAUAUGGAGGAAACGAUAUGUUGAAUCUCUGUAUCGACGAGCCAGCUAAACGAUUAUUCAGCCCAACUGGUGGGUUCAAUAAGCAACAGAAUAUGCUCAACAGGCUAGGGAACCAACCAUACGGACCCAAUAGCCAAAUUGCCCAACGGAUUCGAGAACAACAAAUGCGUGCGGGCGUACCAGACACCACCCUUGGGAUGAUGCCCAAUGAAGAACCCAAACCAUUCAGAUGUCCCGUUAUAGGAUGCGAGAAAGCAUAUAAGAACCAGAAUGGCCUGAAAUACCACAAGGCGCACGGUCAUAAUAACCAACAGCUCCACGACAACGCGGACGGUACCUUCUCAAUCGUCAAUCCUGAAACAUGCACUCCUUACCCAGGAACCCUAGGCAUGGAAAAGGAAAAGCCGUUCCGCUGCGAAGUAUGCGGUAAACGAUACAAGAAUCUUAACGGCCUAAAGUACCACAGAUCGCACUCACCGCCCUGCAACCCAGAACUCCAACUCGCGGCGGGUCGAAACCUUGGCGUGGGUGGAGUGAUGCAAGGGCAAAAUAUUAACGUCGCCGGAGCUGGCCUCCCUGGUAUUGGCGAGGAGGGCCUUUGA